AUGGAGCCCGGUUCAUCGAAUGAACCUAGUAGUUCCUCCUCAACACGAAGAAGGAUCAGAGAUUAUGAUUCGAAACCUUCAAAACCUAUAAGUCGUGUGAAUAUGUUGCCAGAAGAUGAGUUACGAGAACUUGAAGAAGUUUUGACAAACUCAACGAGGCAAGAGGGUAAAGAAUUGAAGCUGAAUAUGUAUGAUAGGGUGAGAUUUUGAAAAUAAAAAGAAAUGUUCAUUAUUGAAAAAUGAGAAAUGAAUUGAAUUGAAUUUCAGCAACGUCAAAGAAUGCCAGUUUUCAAAACGCAGCCAGUUGUGGAAGUUGAUAUGAAACAAAUUAUACCCAAUUUAUCUUGUGAUGUUUGUCAUGAUUUGGUGACAAGUUCAGUUAUGACUAAAAAAUGUGGACAUCGAUUUUGUGACCAAUGCAUUAUGAUAUGUAUUAUGAGAGCCGGUAGUAGUUGUCCAACAUGUCGACAAAAUCUUGCAUCAAAACGAGAACUCAAACAAGAUCCAAGAUUCGAUAAAUUCAUUGUUCAAUUGGUUGAUCAACGGUCAGAUGCUCCUCGAUUUAUGGCAAAACCUGGUGUUGAAACUGAAGGAUAUUCAGAUGAACCAGAUUCUGAUGAAGAGAGGAGAUAUCUUGAAGAGGAUAGUGAAAUGGACGAUGAAAAUGAAGAGGAAGACGGUGAAAGAGAGGAGGAUGAAGAAUAUGAAGGAGAAGAUGAGGAAGAAAAUGAUGAUGGAUCAGGAGAAGAGGAUGAGCAAGAACAAGAACAGGAACAAGAAGAAUCAGAAGCUGGCGAAGAAGGAGACAUUGAAGAUGAUGAUGAUGAAGGAAAAAUGGAAAUUGAUGAGGGAGAUGAUAAUGUUGGAACUUCAAACAAUGGUGACAUUGUUGAGAAAAUUAAGGAGAGAGAAGGAAGUCAGAGUGCUUCUGUUGUGAGUUCUGAACAUUUUACAACUGGUGAUGAACAAUCAACUAGAGAUACUUCUCCUGAAAAUGUUGUUAUUGCAAAUUUGGAAUUUUUGGCGGUUCAUGUGAGUUGUUUUUAAUUUUAAAAAUCUAGAAAAUAAAUUAAUUUCAGCGUUUGCCUUGUCCUGAUAGUGAUAACGAGACAGAAAUUUAUUAUUCUUCCACUCCAGAAUCUGAAGCUGAAGAUGAGCCAGCUUCCGGUUCAGGUACAGACUCAGAAGAAGCUGGUUCAGAAAACGAUCUAGAAGAUGGGGAGAUUGAUGAAAAUGAAGAGGAAAAUGCGGGAAGUGCUGAAAGUGGCAGUGAAGAUGACGAAGAAGAAUCUGAUGAAUCUGAUGUAAAUUCUGAAGAUAUUGAAAUUAGAGUUAGUGAUUACGAAUUCACCGAAUCCGAUCAAUCAGCAUGGAGUGAUGAUGAAAUUAUUGUUUUACAAAAUGAUCAACCAGGCAUCGCUUCUGAAUAUUCCGAUUCAAGUGCAUCAACUUCUGAAUAUGAAACUGACGAUGAAGAUGAAGAGGAAGAAGAAAAUUGCGAAGUUGAAGGGGAAGCUGUUGAUGGGGAAGAGGUUGAGAGUGAAACUGCAAUAGGAGAGGAAUCUGGAGAAGAUGUUUCUGAUGAAGAAGAGGAGGAAGAAGAGGAGAAUCAAAGUGAUGAUUGUUCAGCAGAUGAUGAAGAGGAGGAUAGUGAAGAGGAUUCUGAAGAAAAUUCUUCCGAAGAAUCUGAUGAUGAGGAAGAUGGUGGAGAAUCUGUUGAAUCGUUUCCAUCAGUGGUAUAUGGUAUGUUAUUCAUUUUUUAUUUUAAUAUUUUGUGAUAUAUGAGUUGUUUUAUUUUCAGAUACUGUUAUCGCUGAUGAAGAUUUCAUUGAUGAUACAAGACUUAUCAAAUGUUUGGCUAGAAAUAUGAGAAAAGAAAGAUAUGACAAAUUGCUUGAGCAAGAAUGUUUGUAUGAGAAGCGUAGAUGUGAGUUUUUUAGUUUCAGAAAGAGCAACAGUAAAUAAAAUAUUAUUUUUUCAGUAGAGGAAUUGAUGGAAUCAGAUUCAGACUGUGAUGACGAUGAAGAUGGUACCGAAAAUGGUGAAGGUGAAGAACCAACUGGUAGUUUGAUGAAUGGUGUUAUUGGAGGGCUGUCUACAAUUCCAGAGGAAAUAAUGGAAGAACGUUCACUCUCCAGAUCUCCUUUUGCUCUUCAAAUUUGUGAAGAUGAAGAUGAUUUGGGACCCCAGGAUUCCGGCGAAACUGAAGUCGCUAGACCAGGUAGAAUGAAAACCAAAACCCCAGAAGAUGUUGCAACGAAAAAUGAGCAAAAUGAAACUGAAAGACCAUCGAGAUCUAAAACAAAAACUCCGGAGGAGGUUAAAGUAGAAGAAAAUGUUCCUGAUGUUGAUAGGCCGGGUCGAAAGAAGACAAAAACACCAGAGGAAAUUGCUCAAGGUAUUCAAAACCGAGUUAUUGCGAGAGCAAAACGAUCAAAUACUAAUACACCUGAGACAAUCAUUCAAAGCGUUGAACAAUCUGAACCAGUUGUACCAGCAAGAACGAGACCAUCAAGAUCGAAAACCACAACACCAGAAGGCCUUCAACAACCAGUUCAAGAACGGCCAAGUUCUUCUGGCGUGGGAAGACCGAGACGAUCAAAAACCAACACACCUGAUGUUUAUCAACAACAAUUCGAUGACUCUCAAGUUGGUAGACCAACAAGAAGCAAAACCAAAACACCAGAAGAAAUUACACAAAAAGUUGAAGAACUUGAAGAAAUUCUUCCAGAAAGAAGGCGAUCAUUAAGAUCGAAUACUAGAACUCCAGAUGUGAUUUCAAGAAGUUCGUCGGUUGUCAAAACUGAAUUGAGAAGUAAUGAUGUUUCGGAAUAUGAAGAGGAUGAAGAGGGAAGCACAGAAGAAUCAAGUUCUGAAGAUGAAGAACGCAAGAAGUUUAUUGAAGAGCUUCUAAACAACAGCGAUAUCAGCGAUUCUGAACUUAAGAUUAAGCGAAACGGUGAAGAUUUAGAAGAAGAUGACAAACUCGAUGCUGAAGAAUUGUUAUAUCAACAAACUGUUCAACUGUUGGAAAAAUGUCAGAAUGGCAAGCCAUCAGCUGAUGCAGUUCUUCAUUUGUUAAGUAAAGACUAUGAAGUUGAAAAAGAUAUGGAAGUUGGGAAAAGUGCCGAAGAUUUGGAAUUGGUGAGUGACUUGAAUUUUUUUUUUCAAAUUUCAAAUUUUUUAAUAUUUCAGGAACAAAUUCUGUCGGAACCAUUUGAAACUGUUGUUGAAGACAAUGAAUAUUUGGUGGGGAAAAAUUACAAUAUGAUUGAACGGUUGAUUGUUGAAGUGGCUGGAAUGAUGCGAAUGCAAACUAUGAUUGAUGCUGAAGCACUUGAACAUGUAAGUUGUUUUUUUUUUGGAAACUUUGUGAAAAAAAACCGAUGCAUUUCAGCCAGAAACAUUUAUGGAAGAGCAGGCUCCGAAUAAUAUUUUUGAUCCAAAUUUCAAUGCAAUUGAGCAAAUUGAUAAAAUUGAUUUGGGACAACUUGAUACUCGUCCACCUUCAACGAAAACAACGGAUGUGCCAGUUAUUGAGAAGAAUGAGGAAACCCCAAAUGAGAAUAUGGAAGUUACGAAUUCGGACAUGCCAAAGUUAUCAGAGGAAAAUAUCAAAGAAAAUGAAGAAAGUCAAGUUCCAAUCGAAGAUGGAAUCCUGAAACAAGAACCGGUUUUGGAAGAAGGUGAAACUUCUAAAAUGGAAGUAGAUACUCCUAAUGAAACUGUUGAACAAAAUAAUGUUGAAGAAGCUGCAGAUGUUCUUGAAAAAGAGGAAAAUAAGGAAGAUGACAAAGAAAUCGAGGCUGAUGCUGAUCCUGAAAUUGAAUAUAACGAAGAUGAUAUUGAAGAGAUCUAUGAGGAAGAUUAUGAGUCAGACGAGUAUGAAGAAAGUGACAAUGAUGAGAUUAUUGACGAACAUGCAGGUUCAACAUCGGAUUCCGAUUCAGAAUCUGAUGCAAGUGUACCUGAUCCAGAUGAAGAACCACCAUUGGAAAUGCCUGAAUUCUCACAAGCCUUGUUGGAUAAUUACAAGAAAUAUAAAAAGAACAGAGAACGUCAGAGAUGUAAGUUUUUUUCGAUGGAAGAAUUAGAUAAUUUUAUUUAUUUUUUUUUGCAGAUAAGGAUCGUGUCAAGAUGACGAAGAUGGCGAAUAUUCGAUUGAGAAAUGUUGCAUAUCGUCCAACAAAAUUCGCGCAUCCCCAUCUUCCCGCUCGAGCAUAUCAAAGUGGCCCAAGUUCUUCAGAAAGACCCAAGAAGAUUGCGAAAAUGUCUGGAAAUGUGGUGAGUUUUGGAAUAAUUUUUUGGAAUAGUUUUCCCGGACGGGAGAAUUUUCAGCAAAUGUCAAUUGUACAACCCCCAUUCCCAUUACAUCAAUUGCAAUAUAAUAUGGUAUUUUUUACAAGAUUUUUUUUUCCUACAUAUUUUCCUUUUUGAAAUGUUGUUAUGGUGGUGUGCUAUAAUUUAUGUGCUUUUGGGAACCUUUGGGAAGACAUUGGGAAAAGCUUUUCUCAUUCUGUUGUACUGUGGCUUGAUGAAACAUCUGAAAAUCUUUAUAUACCAAUAUUUUUUCAGAAAACUCCAUCAAAAAUCACUGCCGUUCCAAACGUCCAUCCAAAUCAAGAAUACAUUCAAAAGUAUCGUCAACAACAAUAUAUGUUACAACAACAAGCGGCACUUCAAAAACAGAUGCAAAAUCAGCAAAAAAUGUCGAUCGAACAACAAAGAGCCCAAAAUAAUGUGACAGAUUGGUUGAAGUCUCCAGAGCUUAUUGCGCAGAAUUUGAAUCGUGGAACUGAAAUGUGUACACAAUUGUUCAACUCGCUUCGUGUUCCGCAGCAACAAGUUCCGCCGCCAACAACCUUGCAACAACAGCACCAAUUGCAAGCUUUGCAACAGCAACAGCAAUUACAACUACAACAGUUGAAUCAACAACAUCAAUUGCAAAAACAACAAAUGCAGCAAUUACCGUAUUCUCAACAACAAAGAAUUUUGCAACAGCAACAAAUGCAGCAACAACAAUUGCAACAACAAAAUCAACAGCAGCUACAACAAUAUCAUUAUCAAAUGCAGCAACGUCAACUUCAACAUCCUGGAAUUGCACCAACUCCUCAACCAAUGCAUGCUGUAUAUCCGCAACAACCCGUUAAUCCAUAUGCAAUCGUGCAACAACCUGGAAUGUAUCCGCCUCAAGCAACACCUCAACAAACGCAACAACAAUUUAUACAUUUGCAAAAACAUCCGCAACCUCCGCAAAAUCCGCAGCAUCAACAACAACUUCCACCUCAAAUGUUUUGGCAAGCUCAAAAUCAGCAACGUUAUCAGCAGCAGCAGCAGCAACAUAUUCAGCAACAGCAACAGAUUCAACAGCAGCAACGAAUGCAGAUACAAAAUCAGCAAAUUAUAGAUUUGCACGCAAAAGUUCUUGAAUUAGAACCACAUCAAAGAGCUCUCCUCGGACCUGGUGUUCUUCAACAAAUUCAGCAAGAACACGAUAAGAUUAAAUUCAAGAAAGUUGAUACAGAAAUUGAAUUUGGAAGAACAGUAAGUUCAUUAUUCUCCCCUUAUUCUCUUUUUCAAAAAACUCUGAAUAUUUUUCCAGCACACAAUUGAACUCCAACUUUGGCCAACCAACGGUUAUCAAGAGAAGAAACGAAGUCUUGGCCGAAAUGCUGAAACCGUUUUUUGUAAAACCGAAGGGCAAUCAACUUGUAAGUUUAUUUUUGGAAUAUUUUUGAUGAUAUCAAUUGUUAUUGUUUUUCUCAUUUCAGUCUCCCAUGUGGCGGAAUUACUUCAUUGUCGGUUGCCUGGACAACAACAAAAUGCUCAACUUGGCAGCUUUUGGGUUUUUGUGAGUUUAUUUGGAGAAAGGGAAAUUAAUUGAAAUAAGGGGGGAGGGGUGCUUUUCUACGAGGGGUUUUUGAAAACGUGAAUCUUUUUCGGCAUGUUUCCUUUUUUUUGAAAUAACUGAAACUGUUUCUAAAAAUCUGAAGAAAUUUCUACAGAGACACUUUAAGUUUCACUAUAAAAAAGAUGAGAUCUGAAAACUCAGAUUUCAAACUUGAAGCGAUUUGACCGUAAUCUAAAUUUCAAUAGCCAUGGAAUGAAUUAUGGGAUAUAUUAUUGAUCGUCAAGAUAUUUUUCAAAAAUAUUUUUGGGUCAACACACAGACACAAAUUGUUUCAUUCAAAAACCUCAAUAGAAACAAUUUUCAGAAAAAAGACGACAAUCAAGUUCGAAGAUUCACUCCAAAACAAACUCUUUUGGAUGCUCAACGAUUUGUUGGUCAACCGCAUUUGGUCAUAUUUUACGAUGAAGCUUCAAGAGCUGAUGAAACUAAUGCUGAAUAUAUUAUCAAUUCAGAAUAUCUCGACAACAAAAAACCGUAA